CCCGUCACUUCCUGUUGCGAAUGAUUCGGUGCUGGGAGCAGGAUGUGGAGCGGACUGCUGCCCCCGGGGGUGACGGAGAGCGACCUGUCCGAGGAGGAGGAGGAGGAGGGGGCCCCGGGGCCGAGCGGAGCCUCAGCUGGCGUGUCCGAGAGCAGCGUCACGAAAUUCCUGGCUCUUCAGAAGAGGUGCUCCGAGCUUCAGGUGGAGUCCAGGAAGAAGAGGCGGAGACGCAGGAAAGGAAAGCAGCGACUUCCGGAGGAACAGAAGAAUAAUGAAUGCCCCGCACCUGGAACACCCCCCGCUCCCGCUCUGGAGACCCUCCAGAAAUAUUUUGGAGUCAAUGAUCAUCUUGAGCCUCCUGUGUGCAUGAAGAUCAUGAAAAAGUCACGACUGGAGACGAAUUUGGAUGAAGCCCUCAAGAAGGGAGACAUUAAAGAUGCGGAAGAGCUGAGCGACCGGCUGGCUACCCGAGAGAUCGCAGUGAAGAUCACAAAGGCGGCCGCUUAUCACAGACACAUGAAAGCCAAAGAGGAGCCACAGUCUUCCCGGGACGCUGCCAGCAAGACGAGGCCUCCGGCCUGGGGAUUUGAGGCCAAGAAAAGAUGGGAAACGAAAAGUAACAUGGGCUACAUGUGACGGGAGCCACUGACACGGAUGUACAUGUGACGGGAGCCACUGACACGGAUGUACAUGUGACGGGAGCCACUGACACGGAUGUACAUGUGACGGGAGCCACUGACACGGAUGUCUGUGUGACGGGAGCCACUGACACGGAUGUACAUGUGACGGGAGCCACUGACACGGAUGUACAUGUGACGGGAGCCACUGACACGGAUGUACAUGUGACAGGAGCCACUGACACGGAUGUACAUGUGACGGGAGCCACUGACACGGAUGUCUGUGUGACGGGAGCCACUGACACGGAUGUCUGUGUGACGGGAGCCACUGACACGGAUGUACAUGUGACGGGAGCCACUGACACGGAUGUACAUGUGACGGGAGCCACUGACACGGAUGUACAUGUGACGGGAGCCACUGACACGGAUGUACAUGUGACGGGAGCCACUGACACGGAUGUACAUGUGACGGGAGCCACUGACACGGAUGUACGUGUGACGGGAGCCACUGACACUGAUGUCUGUUACGUGUGAUGGUAACAUGGAUGUACGUGUAAAGGAGCCGGUAACACAGAUAUAGAGGAGCUCAGCCGUGUCCUGCGGCUUCGCUGUAGCCUGUAUCCGAACAUGAAUGGGCCACAUCCAGAUGUUUUAUAGAAUGUGCUCUGAGCUCAGGCCGUAAGAUAGCCCCCCUGACAUGAUGGGGGUGAUUGUGCAGCUUUCACUCAGAUGCUUGUGUGAUAGCUGACACCAGUGAACAAUGGCUGCUCUCCUGGUCAUUGUCCGCUAAUAAACCUCUAAAUGA